AUGCAACUGUGCGGAAACAGGAUCCCCCAGGGGCCCUUGCUGCACAGGUUUGGGGGGAUCCUGGAGGAUGAGCUCCAAAACGGUCAGGAGCUACAAGAGCUUCAGAAAAGGGCAGAGAAAUAUCCAUGUGCCAGUCCUCGCUGGCUAUGGGGAAGCAAGGUUAGCCUCAUAGUCUAUGACCCGGACUACAUGAAGGUGAUCCUGGGGCGAUCAGACCCAAAGUCUGAUGCUUCCUACAGAUUCAUGGCUCCCUGGAUAGGGUAUGGUUUGCUCCUGUUGAAUGGGCAAGCGUGGUUCCAGCACAGGCGGAUGCUGACCCCAGCCUUCCACUAUGACAUCCUGAAGCCCUACGUGGGACUCAUGGCCGAUUCUGUCCGAGUGAUGCUGGACAAAUGGGAGGAGCUCCUCAGCCAGAACUCACCUCUGGAGAUCUUUGGACACAUCUCCUCGAUGACGUUGGACACCAUUAUGAAGUGUGCCUUCAGCUACCAGGGCAACCACCAGGCAGACAGGUACUCCCAAUCCUACCUUCAGGCCAUUCGGGACCUGAACAACCUGGUGUUUUCCCGGAUAAGGAAUGCUUUCUACCAGAAAGACAUCAUCUACAGGCUGACCCCUGAAGGCCGCUGGAACCACCGGGCCUGCCAGCUUGCCCAUCAACACACAGACCGUGUGAUCAAGCUGAGGAAGGCUCAGCUGCAGGAGGAGGGAGAGCUCGAGAAGGUCAGGCGCAAGAGACACUUGGACUUCCUGGACAUCCUCCUCUUUGCCCAAAGGGAGAACGGGAACAGCUUGUCUGACAAGGACCUCCAUGCGGAAGUGGACACCUUCAUGUUUGAGGGCCAUGACACCACAGCCAGCGGCAUCUCCUGGAUCCUCUAUGCUCUGGCCACGCACCCCGAGCAUCAGCAGAGGUGCCGGGAGGAGAUCCAGAGCCUCCUGGGGGACGGCGCCUCCAUCACCUGGGACCACCUGGACCAGAUGCCCUACACCACCAUGUGCAUCAAGGAGGCACUGCGACUCUAUCCGCCAGUUCCAGGUGUCGGCAGAGAGCUCAGCAAGCCCAUCACCUUCCCUGAUGGACGCUCCUUACCCAAAGGAUUCUUAGUCUUGCUCUCCUUUUAUGCCCUUCACCACAACCCAAAAGUGUGGCCAAACCCAGAGGUGUUUGACCCUUCCCGGUUUGCACCAGAUUCCUCUCGACACAGCCAUGCUUUCCUGCCCUUCUCAGGAGGAUCAAGGUGA